AUGGGCUUCACAAAACCGCCUGUCCAGGCACUCAAGUCUGCCAACAAGCUCAAGCGAAAAGAGCUCUAUGUCCAAUACAAGAAGAGUCAAAACAAGGAGAAGCAUGAGGCACGACACUCGCGCAGAAGAGAGGAAGCAAAGGAUCCUGCGGCCAAGGCAGCCCGUCUAGCGAAGCGCAAACCUGCCACGAUCGAUUCUAAGCGAGUUUGGGACGACGUCGACGAUGAUAGUCUCGGUGUGCAGGUGGAUCUCGAGCGGUUGAAGCGCCGUCGCAUCGAAGAGGCCGAGGCUGCUGAGCAGGCCGCUCAUGAAGCUGCCAUGCGCGCCGAGGAAGAGGUGGACGAUGACGACGAUGUUGACAGUAUGUUGGAUUCAGACGAAGAGUUGGAUGAGGAGCGACAAGCUGCGUUGGAUGAGAAGCGGCAGCGCCGGGCGGAGCGUGACAACAGUGUUGCUCCAUCCACGACAAGCACAAACCUUGACUUGACGCCUACAUCACUCGCCCUCAAGUUCCCAUCUCUCUUCACCGAUGUUCCACCUCCGGAGCCCAAGAUCCUUGUCACCACAUCUAUCAACUCUACUCUGCACGAGCAAGCCAAUGUUCUCUGCGAGUUCUUCCCCAACAGCUCCUACGUCCCUAGGUCCGCCCAUCGAUACGGCCACAAGUACUCCCUCCGAGAGAUCUGCAAGUACGCCUCCAACCGAGAGUACACGGCUAUCAUUCUCCUCAAGGAGGACUCCAAGAAACCUACUGGUCUUACUGUAGUGCAUCUUCCCAGCGGCCCAACCUUUCACUUCUCAAUCACCAACUGGAUCGAGGGAAAGAAACUGCCCGGCCACGGGAAUUCGACAAUUCAUUACCCAGAGCUGCUUCUUAACAAUUUCAAGACUCCCCUUGGUCUGCUGACAGCCAAGCUGUUCAUGACCCUGUUCCCACCCAAACCGGAGUUCCAGGGCCGACAGGUCACGACACUCCACAACCAGCGAGAUUACAUCUUUGUGCGGCGGCAUCGUUACGUUUUCCGAGAAAAGCGACAGACGGAAAAGAGCAUUGUUGGCAUCGAUGGACAAGAGCUUAAGGGAGUAGAAGGCAUCCGUGCUGGUCUGCAAGAGCUCGGCCCGCGAUUCACGCUGAAGUUGAGGAGAGUCGACAAGGGUAUUGGAAGAGCCGGAAGCGAGGGUGACGAUGCUACACAAUGGGAGUGGAAGGCCAGGAUGGAGAAGGAUCGCAAGAGAUUCAACCUGUAA